GAAUUAGUUUACUCUAUCCGCCAACUCUCUCUCUCUCUCUCUCUCUCGCUAGUCUCUACAUAUAGAGGGAGAAGUUGAGAGAGGUGAAUACUUGAAUGGUCGAAAGGCGAAACAGAAGAUCCAUAUCUCCAGCACACCACUCGUAUCUUGCUUGCCAAGUGUGGAUCGCUGAUUCCAUAAUCUCUGCUUCGAUUUGAGCGAUUCAAUUCAAGCAGCAGUUGCUGGUUGAGAUUCAAGACGUUAAUGGAUAAUGCAGCGAGUGAUCGGCGUGGAAUUAGCGAGCCAGUGAAGUCAGUUGAUUUGGAUACUCGAGGGGGUUGUGAGAAUUCGCCCAAUUUGGCAUCCGAGACUGUGAUUGUGAUAAGUUCUGAGAGGAGAGAGGAAGGCGGAGAAGCGGUUUAUACUAGCGGGGAAGAUGGGAAUACAAGUGUGAAUGUGAAUUCGAAUGCGAAAGAUGAUGAGCUUUCUUGUGUAAUUGAUGUUGAGACUAGCGGCGGCGAUGGUAAUGCAAAAUUGGGCGGGAAUUUGGACGGGGAAAGGGUUUGUAGGAUUUGUCAACUGAGUUCUAAUCCGGCUUUGCCAUCAUCUCCAGCAACUAGUGCUGCCACCACUACAACGAGUUUGAUUGAGCUCGGUUGCAGUUGUAAAGAGGAGCUUGGAAUUGUGCACGCUUAUUGUGCAGAAGCCUGGUUUUUGCUAAGAGGGAACAGGCAAUGUGAAAUUUGUGGCAACACUGCAAAAAAUAUUUCUGGUUUUACGAACACCAGAUCUUUUGAAGGGACGAGGACAGAAACGAGGCGUUUUGCUGGUGGUGCUGACAUGGCCGAGGAGGAUUUAGCAUGGUGGCAGAGACAGCCAUUUACUAACUUCUUGAUGGCAUGCUUGGUAGUAGGCCUUGUGCUUCCGUGGAUGGUUCGUGUAGAUAUGUUUUGAAUUUGAAGUGAAUACUAUAGAAAGCAAGCACUCUUAAACAAAAUCAACUUGUGCAGGGAUUUUUAUGUACAGACCAAAGUUACGUUACAUUAUCUGUGGCUGAAAUUAUUUGAUUCUGAUACAACAAUUGCUGCGGCUCCUCGCGUCUCUAAUUGUCUUUAGCAACAAAUUAAAGUUGAUAUGCCUACUUAUAAAUUUG